UGGAGCGAGGAUGGCAACAGCAGCAGCGGGCGAGUACCACAAGAAGCGCAAGCGCGGCAAGAACUGGAGCAACCAGGAGGCGAUCCUCCUAAUCGAGGCCAAGGACGCCACCAGCCGCGAAGGUAUGGGCGCCUCGGCCAAGUGGCAAGCCGUGGCGGAUCACCUCGAGAGCCAGGGCGUGCUGCGCGACGUGGAGCAGUGCCGCAGCAAAUGGGAGAACAUGCUGGGCGACUACCGCUCCAUCCUGGAGCACGAGAGGCGCGGCUCCUCCUCCUACUUCGCGCUCACCAAGGAGCAAAAGAAGGACCUCCGGCUGCCCGCCAAGUUCUCGCAGGAUAUGUUCCAGCUGCUCCAGCGCACCGUGACGCGCGGCGAGGCGGACAUGGACGCUCUCCCCGUCGUCAAUGCCGCGGCUCCUUUCGUCCCCGGGGAUAGCUUCUCCAGCGAGGAGGUGCCGGGGCCGGGAGAGACGCCAUCGCUCCUCCAGUUCCGCGAGGUUGGAUCAUCCGGGACUGGUGCUACUGCUACUGCUACUGCCGAUCCCAAUCCUCCAGCUCCUCAUGCUGCUACUCCGAAUGCUGCUGCUGCUACUGCGACCACCAAGAGGAAGCUUAGAUCGAUCGCUGCGGAGCCGGGGAGUGGAUCGUUUGAGCUGGUUGCCAAGGCCAUCUCCGAGUCCCAGGAGAAGAUCCUGGCGUUUUUGCAAGAGCGGGAGGAGAGGAGGAUAGAGAUCGAGGAGAGGAAGCUGUCGAGGAUGGACGAGCUGUUUGAGCUGCUCAGCAACAUGGCUCACACCUGGAAGACGCUGAGCGAACGGAUGCUUGUCAACAGCUCGAGAUGAGCGUCGAGUCUUCUUCUAUUUUUUGUUCCCAGUGCCGACACCACUGCAGUAAGUUAUGUAGGUCUCUAACAUACAGAAUUUUGUCUCCUUUGUCCUCUCACAAACAGUGUUGUGUCACUCCCCCACAGCAAAGUUUUACGUAAAUUUCACACCAAAAAACUUAAGAAAUUCAUGUGGAAGUUUUUAUGGAGAAGAAAAUCUGUCGAUCUGAUUUAUUUACAAAAGCUUUUAAGACUUUCCACCAAA